UCUCGCUGAGGAACAAGUCGGUCAGGAAGCCACGCCGCAGCCAUGGCCUUUAAAGACACCGGCAAGACUCCCGUGGAGCCAGAGGUGGCCAUUCACCGGAUUAGGAUCACCCUCACCAGCCGCAACGUGAAGUCUCUGGAGAAGGUGUGUGCUGACUUGAUCAGAGGCGCGAAGGAAAAGAAUCUCAAAGUGAAAGGACCAGUUUGGAUGCCUACCAAGACUCUGAGAAUAACUACAAGGAAAACUCCUUGUGGUGAAGGUUCUAAGACUUGGGAUCGAUUCCAAAUGAGGAUCCACAAGCAACUCAUUGACCUGUACAGCCCCUCUGAAAUUGUCAAGCAGAUCACUUCCAUCAGUAUUGAGCCAGGAGUCGAGGUGGAAGUCACCAUUGCCGAUGCCUAAAUCAAUCUUUUUAAUAAAUCGAUAAUCAGUUGUUAAAAAAAAAAAAAAAAUUUAAGUUUCCCA